AUGGUUCUCCAGUCCGUCGUCAGCUCUGUCGUGUCGCCCGUGCUCGUCACGUCGGCGGUCCUCAUUACGAUCGCGCUCCGGAAUACGCACCCGCGCCAUGUCUCCAAGGCCAAGGCCGCCACGUCCAAGGUCAUUUGGCACGGCUGCCGCUAA